CGUAGAGCGUUGUCGGGACCCCCCCUUGCAGGCCCCCAUGUUAGGUCCAAGCCACUCCUGCAACAUGGCAAUGGAUGGGACAGAAUCUGAUGCAACAGAAAUGAUAGCAGCGCUACAACAAGGACUUUCAGAGGAGAGCAAACAAAAGGCUCAAGUGGAACUUAACGAACACGCGGAACAUCUACAUAACGAUAUCCAGGCGGUGCGAGACAUGGUCAUCACCAGACCAGACAUCACGUUUGUGAGGUCAGACGACAGUUUUGUGCUGAGGUUCCUGAGAGCACGGAAGUUCAGCUGGGUGGAGGCAUUCAUGCUGUAUGCUCGUUACUAUGAGUAUCGUCAGAAGCAUGCUGCCAUGUUUAAACACUGCACGAUCGAGAACCCCGGAGUACAACAGGCACUACUGGACGGCUUUCCCGGGGUGCUGGAGGACACCGAUCACUUCGGCAGGAAGAUACUGGUCUUCUAUCCUGCAAACUGGGAUGUCACAAGGUACUCCAUAGAGCAUGUGCUGUUGGCCAUCCUGAUUUCCCUGGAGCACAUGAUUCAGGACCCAGAGAUCCAGGUGCACGGCUUCGCCAUCAUCGUGGACUGGAGCCAGUUCAGCUUCCGCCAGGCCGCCAGGCUGUCCCCGGCUCAGAUGAGACUUGUUAUCGAGGGGCUUCAGGACAGCUUCCCAGCUCGUUUCGGAGGCAUUCACUUCAUCAACCAGCCGUGGUACAUCGACGCAGCCUUCACCAUCCUCAAACCUUUCCUCAAGGAGAAGACCAGAGAGAGGACUGAAUCAAAUUCAGUUCCCAACAAUGUUCUGAGAGAUUUUGAUGCAUGGGAACAACAUGAAGAGUCUACAUGACAAGAUCCACCCCGAGAUUCUUCCUUCGGAGUUCGGUGGACAGAAGCCUCCCUACAACAUCCAGAGGUGGGCCCGACUGUUACUGGGGGAAGACUUCGAGCUGAC